CUAGAGAUUUUUACACCUCAUGUCAAAAUUGACACCUUUUUUACAUUUUUAUCCUUACACGGUUUUUUAAACUUUUUUAACUUUUACAUUUUUCAAUUUUACUUUUCAAAAAGUUUAAUAAUUACAAUUUUACCUUUUCCCUUCUUCCUUACACACGUACACGCACGCCACCUCAUAAAUCCUUUCUUUUUUUUUUUUUUUGAAUUUUUCAUUUACCUGAUUCUUCCACUCUUCAAACCGAGCUUCCCACGAUCACCAUUAUCAAGCCCUAACCAAUUUCUUCUUCCCACGAUCACCUUCUCCAAGCCCUCACCCACGUUUUCCUCAACCUACAUUGUCAUCCUCCUCUAUAUUUUCUCUAUAUAAAUGGCAACCACUAGAAGUGGUUCGAAAUCACCAUCUCCGGCGAAGAAAGUUUCUAAAAAAUCGAAGAAGGCUCCAACUGUUACUUCCAAAGUCGAACCUAAGAUGGGGUUAAAAAAAAUUGCUAAAAAUUUAGUGGCUGAUGUUCCAGAGACAUCGGGCACUAAGAAAAGAGCCCCUCCUGUUAAAGUAGAUGCUCCUAAGACUAAGAGAGCAAAAAUUUCCAAGUCUGCACGCGAUGUUUCCUCAGAUUCUGAUUUUGAGGAUGAAGUGCAUGGUGAGGACCAAAAGCCCAAAGUUGAAUCAAAGGUCCAUGCUAGGACCUCAGUGAAGGUUGAAGGAUUUGACCUACCAAAGAAAAAUCCCCCUAAGGAAUGGGAUUAUAUUUAUGACCAGAAGAAUCUAUUCAUUGCUAAAGCCUUUUCCACUGCUACUUUCCAGGUGAUAGAGAACAUUAAGUCUUGUCUUUCAGAUGUACAGCUUGAAAUGUUUUCAAAAACCUGUUUUGGUCAUUUCCUUAACCUUCCCGAUUUUAAAGUUCAACCCCAAGUGUUUCAUGGGUUGUUGCUCCGGGAGGUUCAGCAACCUAAUGAUGCUGAGUUGUGGGUAAUGAUACGCGGUGUUAGGCUUAGGUUUAGCAUUGAGGAAUUUGCAUUGAUUACUGGGUUAGACUGUGAAGGUGACUGUAGUGUGUUAGAUUUUAAGCAAGAGGUUAAUAGUCUUUGUGAAAGAUAUUGGCUAACUUCGUCCUCUAUCACUAAGGAAUCUGUUAGGGAAUGUUUUACCACCAAGAGGUGGGGUGAUUCUGAUGAGGAUGCUGUGAAGUUGGCAGUUUUGUAUUUCGUGGAGUGGUUCUUGCUUAGUGGCACUAAGCAUAAAAAUGUACCCAAGUCUAUUUUAGAUGUUGUAGAUAGUGGGAGGUACAAUGAAUUUGCUUGGGGCCGGAGUUCUUUUGAAUUGACUAUUUCCUCAUUGAAGGGUAAGCUUGAUAGUUGGGUUGAGGGGGUUAGGAAGGCAAGGAUUUCGGGAAAGAGGCCGAGUGUUUUUUACACUUUGAUUGGUUGUCCUCAUGUUCUUCAAGUUUGGUUCUACGAGUGUUGUAAGUACAUGAAAGGUAAGUACUGUCAAAAGGAAAGCUCUCGUAUUCCAAGGAUCACUCAGUGGACAUGCAAUAGUCAACCUACUUUCAAAGUUUUGAAGACUACUAUCUUUGAUGUUUCCAAAGAUAAUGUAUAUCUGUUUGUUGUAAUUUGGUUUUUCAGUAGUUGUUUUUGUGUUGUUUUUCAUUAUUAUUAA